GGAUAUUUUGGAAAUGUGUAUCGCGGUCAUAUGCGAGACUCGGCAGGACGAACACACCCGGUUGCUGUGAAGACGUUGAAAGGCGAACGUUCGCGAGAUAUCGCUCAUAUCGAGAAGUUCCUCCGUGAAGGGAUAAUCAUGAAGCAUUUUGACCACCAACAUGUCCUCUCACUAAAAGGCAUUGCGAUCUCCCCUUCCGGGACACCUUGGGUGAUUUUGCCGUUUAUGGAAGGAGGCGAUCUGAAAACAUAUAUUGCAGAUCCGAAUAGGGCCCUUUGUGUGCUGGAACUCCUCGACUUUGCCUAUCAGGUAGCUCAAGGGAUGGCGUAUUUAGCUGCUCAGCACUUUGUUCAUAGAGAUCUUGCUGCUAGAAACUGCAUGUGA